GCCUCCGGACGGUCGUCGAGCAGAUCGGCGCCCACACGCACUUGCCCAACCCAGAGAAGGGCGUCAAAGAGCAGGUCCUCUCUAAGGCCAGGGCCGCUGCUGCCCAGCAGCCAGACACAACGGCGGCAAACGUGGCUUCCGCGGCUCUAACGGGAGUCGAGGACGGGGCCCUGCCAGCCGUUCCGUCCACACAGAACCUCAAGCGCGCGUGCUGGAGGGCGCGGGCGUCGGAGCAGCAGAAGCGGCUCAAGAAUGGGGCGCCAGCCCCUGAGGACGUCGACUACUCCUCCCUCGCGACGUUGACCGUGGUCGAGAGUCUCAAGCAGGUCGACGGCGAGGACUUCCUCAUGCACGACGACAGCCCCGGCGCGGGGGACAAACGCAUCCAGACGUGGGCCUGCCAGAAGAACUUGGACUUCUUGGCCAUGUCGGACAUUUGGCUCUCCGACGGCACCUUCAAAGUGGCGCCCAAGCCGUUUCUGCAGGUGUACACUGCGCGCGGCUUCCAGAAAGGCUACGUCAUCCCCUGCUGCUACUUUCUCUUGGGGGACAAGAAGCAGCCCACGUGCAAGCGGGCGUGGGAGGUACUCUCCCAGCGCUUCCACCCGGACGAGCCAGAGCCAACGCUCUUGCUCGACUACGAAAAGGCCGCGUACCAG